AAUAUUACCUUACCUCGCCUUGCGCCUCACAAGAUAUGGUAUUCCAGUCUCCGAUGCAGUCGCCCGAAAUGUCCAGCCAGGCGCGGCAACAAGCUCCCAGUCCUCCUGCUCCCACCAACCAUCUCCACCUCCAUCUCCAUCCCGCCCCUCGCACUUCGUCACACUCCAGCAACAGCGAUCAAUCGCCCAUUAAUAAGCCAGAACAGGCACACGUAUGGGUGGUAGAAGAAGAAACCGAACAAGAGGAGGGACAGGGUCUCGUCAAGCGAGGAGAAGAAGUGCCCCCUGCAGUGGAUACAGUAUGGUGUGAUUCAUCUGCAGAGAUUGUGCUCGUCAGUAGCGAUAAUGUCGCUUUCCAUGUACCGGCUUAUCAUAUCCUCUCUCAAAGUAUCGCUCUACGUGACGCCAUCCAGAUCGACUCUACCUUUUCUUCUUCUCGUUCACUUUCCUCUUCGUCACCUAUCACCAUCCACUUUUCCGACGAGGAAUGCGAAACCUCCGAUGCCAUCCGCCUUUUCCUCUUCCUCAUCUCUCCUCACCCUCUCCCACCCGCUUCCCCUUCCCAGUCCCCCUCCUUCCCGCAGUUACACAGCCACCUCCACUCCUCCUCCCCUCCUUCCACUCUCGACGACUAUAUCCUCUCCCACCCCACCACCAUUACCCUCCACCUCCUCUCCACCAUCCUCUUCCUCCAAAAAUACGACUGCCCCCUCGCCCUCUCCCUUCUUUCCGCCCACCUCCGGCACCACGCUCUCACCAAAGCUCACAUCUCCCGAGAAAUCUGCGCUCUCGACCUGUUUCUCAUUGGCGCCAAAACAGGGAUCGAGGGAUUGUGCGUCGAUGCCGUCAAGGGGUACAAACCGCGAGUGGGGAGUGGGGAUGAAGCCGAGGUGGAGGAAGAUGAGCGGGCAUACUCGCUCGGACUGGGAUUGGGGUUGAGGUAUGGUACGAAUGGCGAGAGUGGGAAUGAGGGCGCCGAUCAUAGAGGAAGGCAAUGUUCGACAGACAGCACCCCGUUCUCCCCGUAUCAGCAACCUCUCCCCCCCUCCGGCCGCUCUUCCUCUCCCUCUGGCUCUUCAUCUCCUCCACCACCAAUGCACGACGGCCGUUACAGCUGGGGCCUCUACACAGGACUCAACCCCUCCCAUUUCCCGAUCCUGGCGUGGGAAGGUUGUCCACCCCUUUUCUGUUGGGCAUUGAGUAAAGCUGUGGGUGCCGUAAAGCCUGGCGAUGGGCUGGGGUCGAGGUCGAGGUCAGGGGUAGAGGAAGAGGGAGCGGGAAAAGGAAGUGGAAGAAAGGGAUUGUGGGAGAAAAGGGGGGAAGUGUUGGAAGGGAUCUUGGAGGAAGUUCGGUUCUUGAGGUAAAAAAAAUAAUUGACCUAGAGGAAUUUUUAGUUUAAAUUCAAGAUACACAGUACGCCAAUAUACCAUACCUAGUUUAGAUUCUCGAGCAAGUCCCGUGGGGAAAGUGAUUCAAGGGGGGCUAGAAAAAGAGGAAAUAUAGAAUUGCCAUCCGAGAUGCAAUCAAAAGUGGAAUAACGAAAACCCACAAGCAAACAAAAAAGCACAUACAG